UCGCUCAGGAUCGUGUUUUGGAAUCCGGAAGUAUGCAUAAACUAAUCGGAUUACUGGCAGCAUUCGCGUUGUAUCCAGCCAACGGUGAGACGACCUUCCGGCAGUACGUCGAGCUAAUGUUUCAGACGGAUUCGAUCUUCGAAACCCUGUGCCUUAGAAAAACCAACGACAGCGCCCAGGCCCAGCGCAUGGUGGCAGCGAAUAUAGAACUGCAAAACUGUGUCAACCGAUUUCAUGACCCGCAAAACUUUACCAACGGCUUGGACCAGCUGACCGUGGAGAGGCGCAAAGAGUUCAUCGACUACAAUUGUGCCGAGUUUGAGGAAAUUAAAAAGUGCUACAUUCCGUUCACGCGCCAAAUGGAGGUGUGCCUCAGCGAGCAGGACCUCGCGAUGGCCAAAACUCUCAUCAUUCUGGAGAAGGAGUUCGCGUUCAUUUGCGAGCGCGAUGGAGCUAACGUCAUCCCGACGCGGCACUCGAAUUAUUCGUUUUGCGCUGGAAAUCUCAGGGAGCUGAUGGAAAACUGUUCCAUGCCCGAGUGGCAACACCUUCGCAGCAAAACGCUCUCCACGCUGACGGAGCAGAAUUGCAGAGCACUUCACAAACUGUCCAGCUGCUUCCAGAACAAUAUCACCCGGUGCGGUGCGCCAUUGUUUACCCAACUCUUCAGCAUACGAUACCGGGACAUCAUUCGCCAAACUUCCUGCAAAGAAAGUAAUUCCAAUUGAUCAUCUCGACUCUAGACAAAUCAUUAUCUAAACACUAAAAUAAAUCGCUUAUGAGGGUUCUUUGCAUAUCUUUGAAACUCUCUCUUUCAUGUGCCAUAUUUACGUCUAGAAAAGUAAAAAUAAGCUAACGAAAGUCUACGCUAGGCUCUGCGCGUUGGUGAAUGUGUAUCUUUGGUAGAUACUGAUCACCUGCCGAGAGUGGAACUCCGCGAAGAUCCCACUGCCGAGACGCGAAGAGCAAAACACGCCACAAGUGCUGGAGAUGAAGAAGUUCCAUCUAUUCCAGACAUAGAACGAGGAAACCCGAGUAUGCUGAGAAAAUCCCCUGUGGACCAGAAAAUCAUAAAGCUAAAAAUAAAUCAAGGUUUUCCGCUUCGCCGUGCCGACGCUCGUCGGCUUCCGAGCAAGUGCCUGGAAGCGAGAGUAUAUGGAUUUUGUCGUCGUCAAUAAAAUAUG